GACGAUUUGCAGUGGUGCAGCCGGAAACAUGUGUUGCUGAAUGUAACAAAUCUCCGAGUGUAUCAGCUGUGGGCAGUGAGCGAGCUGUCUGGGAGUGGACGGCAUGGCAUCGCCGGGGGAGGACGAUGGAAUGGAUGCGCUUUACGACCACUUCAGGGAGAAGAAGUACAAGGGAGGCUUCAACGAGGAUAACUGGGAAGAGGAAUUCGAAAAGAUUCCAAUGUUUAUGAAAAAGGCUCCUGAAGAACUUGAUCCUUUGAAACAUCCAGAACUUGCCUGCAUCCAGUCAAUGUUGUAUGAUGAGGAUCAAUCUCCAGAAGAGCUUGCAAAAACAUACAAGAAUGAAGGGAAUCAUUACUUUAAGGAAAAGAAUUACAAGAAAGCCAUAAUCUCCUAUACAGAGGGACUGAAGAGAAAAUGCAGUGACUCUGAGCUUAAAGUCAUACUCCAUACGAACAGAGCAGCAGCACAAUUUUAUUUAGGUAAUAAUCGAUCUGCACUAAAUGAUGUGAUUGCAGCUCGAAAACUGAAACCAAACCAUUUGAAAGCGAUCAUUAGAGGUGUUCUUUGUCACAUUGAACUGAAAAAUUACAGCCAGGCAAUAGCAUGGUGUGACGAGGGCCUCCAGUUUGAACCCAAAGAAAAGCAACUCAUUGAAUUGAGAGCCAAAGCUGAUAAACAGAAGCGCAUUGAAGAGCGUAAUCUAAGGAAAUCAAAACUGAAGGAGAAGAAGGACUGGGUGCAAGCAGAGGCCUUACUGAAGGCUAUCAGGGAGAGGAAGAUCAAGGUAUUUCAGCCUCCGGAGUUGUCCAGUCAAAACUCUGAUAGUGAUGAUGAUGAUGAUAAUAAGGAAGACAGCAGGAUAUUAAGAACACUGUUUGAUGGCAUAAACUCCGAGAAUGGCAUUGUCGUGCACUUGGAUGAAAAUGGCACCUUAAAUUGGCCUGUGCUGUUUCUGUAUCCUGAAUAUGAACAAAUGGAUUUUAUCUCAGCGUUUCAUGAAGACACCCGGUUUAUGGACCAUUUAUCUGUGAUGUUUGGUGAGAACGUCCCCCCUUGGGAUAAUGAAAAAAAAUAUAAGCCAAAUAAUUUAGAGCUAUAUUUUGAAGGUGAGCAAAGAGAGGAUCUGUUCCUGGUAGAUCCAAUGUGCACUCUGCGCCAGAUUCUGAGUCAUGAUAGAGCUGGAGGAGUACAUGAACCCAGAACUUCUGGUUCAGAAACAGUGAUGUCACCCACAGUGCCGCAGGACCACCUUUGCAUGUCCCAUAAAAAGCUAUCAUUAUUUUUAAAAAAACCAUUGCAGGCUGGGAAGGAUAGCCAGUUACAGCAUUGGUUUUUUAAUCUCUUAGACAAAUUAACCUUAAACAACUUCCGGUCUGAGCACUCGGGUGAAGUGGAUUUGGACAGUAUCACUUCAUAUUUCUUCCUUCACCAACCCCUGCCUGGCCUACACAUCAAUUCAUUUUAGACUGAAAAUGUAGCACAGUGUGAAUGCCAACACAUUGUUCUGAGGCUGGGAAGGUUCUGCCCUAUGUGAGAAAAUUAGGAAGAUCAGGUGAGAGCAAGUAGCUUCUUAACGUUGAGACCAAAAAGUCUCAUUUUCCAACCCUGUAUUGAAUGGCAAGAUGAGAUUCUCACUACAGAGUUGAGAGAGGCACUGUAGCAUUCAUCAAAAUCCUUCAUUAUUACUUGGUCUUCCCUUAUUACUAUGCAGUUUCCCAUUCUGCUACCACUGGUUAGCACUCAGAGGUAAGACUUCCCAACUGCAGUGAGCAAUUCAUCUCCUAACUCUCCAAAGAUUGUCCAUCAUCUCCAAGGCACAAGUCAAGAGUUUAAUGGAGUACUCCCCAUUACUCCAGAAGCUUGACUCCAUCCAGGAUAAUGCAGCAUGCUUGAUUGGCAAUCCAUCCAAAAGUAGCACCAACAUGUACCAUCUACAAGAUACAAUGCAGAAAUUCACCAGAGAUCCCCAGGCAAACCCACAACCACUUCCAUCUAGAAGGACA